GGGGUAGGGGGGGAUUGGGUCAGUGCCAGAUCUCCGAAUGGUUUCCCAGUCCAGAGUGAGGCGCACAGCAGGCUCCUGAUAUACGAGCUUGUCAUCACACGCUUCCUCCAGGCUGUAACUAAGAGAGAGAGAGAGAGAGAGAGGGAGAACAAGGAACGAGAGGAAGGCAACUGAACCCUGAGAGUUCAGAAGAGAAAAGUAUGAGCAAUGGGUGGAAGGGAAGUAAACAGAGGAAGAUAACGGAAGAGAAAUGAGAGCAAACGUACAGUAGGUCAUAGUUAAACAAAACCAGAACAGAGCGAGACAAGAAGAGAAGAAAUGAGAAGAGAGAAAAUGGUAAAUAAAAAAGAAAAAUUGAAGUAAAGCAUGAAUAGAAAAGAGAGAAUAUAGAGGGCAAGAUGUGAAGAAAUUGCAAGAAAGAAAUUCAAAGGAGAAGAAGAGAAGGAAAUAGAAGGGGAAGGAAGAAAGAAGAAGAAGAGCAAAAAGAAGAAAGGGAAUAAAUGUAAAAUUGAAGAUAAGUGGAAGAAGAAGAAGAAGGCAAGAGAAAAGAAGAAGAGAGGAGAGAAAAACUGAAACGAAGGAGAAGAUGAAGGGAAGGGAGAGAGAAAAGAGAAGUGAAGAAGAAAAAAACAAUCAGGAAUUGGAAUAAAAAAGAAUUGAAAGCCAUCUGAGAUACUGAAAGUAAAAAGAGAAGAGAUGAGAAGAAAUUAAGCACAGAGGAGAAGAAAGAGAAAUAAAGGAGACGAAGAAGAGAUGAGUUAAAAAGAGAAGAAGAAAAGGAAAGUAGGAGAGAAAGAGCGAACAGUAGCAGAAGAGCGGAUGAAGGGAUUGUUGAGCAGAUGAGUGGAGCGUCCUCCCCUCACUUACUUCUCCAUAGACUGGGACUGGAACUCAGGGGCCGAUAGAGAGCGGAUGACGGCCAAUCAUGAGACGUACCUGCUCAUGGCCAGCACGCAGAACGACAUGGAGGACUGGGUCAAGACCAUCCGCAGGGUCAUAUGGGCCCCGUUCGGCGGAGGUAUUUUCGGUCAAAAGCUGGAGGAAACGGUGCGGUACGAGCGGCGGUACGGGAACAAGCUGGCCCCCAUGCUGGUGGAGCAGUGUGUGGAUUUUAUCCGACGCUGGGGACUGCAGGAGGAGGGUCUGUUCCGGCUUCCCGGGCAGGCCAACCUCGUCAAAGAGCUGCAGGAAGCCUUCGACUGCGGAGAGAAACCUGCCUUCGACGGUAACACCGACGUGCACACCGUGGCGUCUCUGCUCAAGCUCUAUCUGAGGGAGCUUCCUGAGCCGGUGAUCCCUUUCAGCAAGUACGACGAGUUCCUGGCCUGCACCAAACUGUUUAACAAGGACCAGGAAGCCGGAAUGAAGGAAUUAAGGAGACAAGUGGAAAGUCUACCUCUAGUCAAUUAUAAUCUAUUAAAAUACAUAUGCAGGUUCUUAGAUGAAGUGCAGUCUUACUCAGGAGUAAAUAAGAUGACCGUGCAGAACCUGGCUACCGUCUUCGGUCCAAACAUUCUGAGGGCCAAUGUCGAGGAUCCCGUGGCGUUAAUGGAAGGUGCAGUUCUGGUGCAGCAGCUCAUGGCCGCUCUUAUCGGUCAGCAUGUGGCGCUCUUCCCCCCGGAUGAGGACAGCCCUGGUGCUCUCGAGUCGUGUAACAACAACGAUCCCCUAAAACGCUCCACCACAGGACAGCUGCAAAAUAAAGAGAAUAACAACACCGCUAGCGUGCGUCAGUGCACCUGGGAGGCGCCUGACUCUCCUGGACGGGUCUCUCUGGAUAACGGAUCACCUCGUUCAGGCAGCCCGAGGAACGUUCCAGCUGUGUCGCGCUUCGAAGUGACCCGAAGCCCUCCUCUGACUGUAAAGAAGAACCCGGCGUUCAUUAAAGGAAGUGGCAUCGUCACUAACGGCUCCUUCAGCUCCUCGUCAUCAUCCUCGGCGGAGGAAAAAAGUCCGACCCUGAUUGGUACGGGCACGCUACAGAUGCGUCGUACUGGCGCGCUUAAAUCUCCCGGUACCAAGAUGGGUGUGCAGAAUGGUGGAGUUAGGAUGGGCGUGUGCAGCACAGACAUUGUUAACGGGAGCCUAAAUAGCCGAAACGGACUUUGGUCUCCUCCCGGGUGUGUGACACUGCGCGAGGUCAAAGGCCGUGACGCAGAGCAGCAACAGAAUCGUCUCUCGACGUACGAUAACGUUCAUUUUCAGCAGACGCCAUGUUCACCGGGACAGCCCUGCACAGGCAACAGCUGCGAGGACAAGCAGAGUGUAGACAGCGCCACCUGGUCCACGUCAUCCUGUGAGAUCUCUCUGCCGGACGUCUCCGCAUCGUGUCGUUCCUCCACGACUACUUGCCCUGAGCAGGAGUUUACCUUUGAGGACCCUUUACUGGAUGAGGGAGAGAGGAGCAACGCUAAUGCUAACACCAACGCCAAUGGUGGAGGUCGAGGCAGCAGGGGGACGAGUAGCAGUGACAACAGCGAGGUGGCAUUCCCUGUGAGCGGACACAGCGCCCUCCACAGUCUGGUGGCCAGUCUGAAGCAAGAGAUGCUCAAACAAAAGAGCGAGUACGAAGCCAGGGUAAAGAGUCUGGAGCUUCGUAACAUGGAGCUGGAAGCCGAGAUGGUAAACCUGCACGAGGAGCUGGAACAGGAGCGCAAGAAGUACACCAUGGUCGAGAUCAAACUGCGUAAUGCCGAGCGCGCCAAAGACGAUGCAGAGAAGCGCAACGAGAUGCUGCAGAAGGAGAUGGAACAGUUCUUCUCCACCUUCGGAGAUCUGACCGCUGAUCCCCGCAGACCGGAAAGGGCCAACACCAUCUGGAUCCAGUGAGCAACAACUGGAUACAUGAAUGUGAAAAUCUGGGAUUGUGUAGGCUUCAAAAUGUGACCAAACUCUCAGAAAGGAAGCCCACCGAGCCAAAAUGUGAAAACUGGACCAGCCGGUGACGGCAUUAAUAAGAUUGUAACAGAGGGUGAACAGUGAACAGGGAAGCUGGAAUGUACCAUUUGGAUCCGAGAACAACAGAGAAAGGAAUAGAAGUUUCUUUGGAAGUGAAGUUCGGACUUGAGAAUUUUUUUUUUUUUAACCCAAAGAAGGAUGUGUUGAAGGAACUAUUGCAUUAUGGGUUGUUCAGCUUUUCUUUUUUUUUUUUUAAUAGACUAGAGCUUUACAUGAAGAAGAAACAAGAAUGUCACGUCUUCAUAUGUGAUCCAACCAAAUCAUGUCCUUGUCUCUUGUUCCGUGUCCU